AUGGGCAAGAUUGAAAUCUCAACAGCGGAGGACUUCGAGAAUUGUCGUCGAGAGUUCAGGAAACUCAGUCGGAGGCUUGGCAAAGAUUUUAGCCCCGAAGACUGUGAAGAUAUGCUCUUUGAAGCUGUGGACUACGGAUUCGCCUUCCUACUGUACUGCAAAGAACUUCAAAGCAAGCAUGCUUCGAAGCGUCUCCGUGAUGAGGUGGUUACUAUCAGCGACAGCGGCGGUGCAGCCCUGACACCGAAAAUCCCAGCCGUGGCAGUCAGCAAGAAACGUGCUCGAAGGAAUGACACCGACAGUGAAGACGAGGAUGAUUCAAAGCCUUCGAAGAAGGUGCGAAUGAACACGACCAAAAAGCGUACUCGAAAUAUGAUGGAAGACUCCAGUGACGACGGACAAACAGGGAGUUCUUCCAAGAAAGCCCGCCUGGGUGGACAGAAGGUGGAAGCUGCCAAAGUAUUUAAAGAACUCGAUGCGCUAUUGAAGACAACCGUCAAAGGAUCAAAGUAG